AUGACCCUGAAGAAUCUGCAGAUGGCACAUUCUCGCCAGGAGUCAGGUCUGUCAGCCAGCGACCAGAAAACAGCCUUUGAAGAUUCCAAGGAGGAGCUCUUUGUGGCCCUGGAUGCUUUCGUGAACAGCCAGGAAUGGACACUGAGUCGGUCCGUGCCGGAGCUCAAAGUGGGCAUCGUGGGUAACUUGGCCAGCGGCAAGUCGGCCCUGGUGCACCGAUACCUGACAGGGACCUACGUCCAGGAGGAGUCUCCCGAAGGUGGCAGGUUCAAGAAGGAGAUUGUUGUGGAUGGACAGAGCUACCUGCUGCUGAUUAGAGAUGAAGGGGGCCCCCCAGAGGCACAGUUUGCCAUGUGGGUGGACGCGGUCAUCUUCGUCUUCAGCUUGGAGGAUGAGAUCAGUUUCCAGACGGUCUACCACUACUACAGCCGGAUGGCCAACUAUCGGAAUACCAGCGAGGUCCCGCUCGUGCUGGUGGGGACCCAGGAUGCCAUAAGUUCCACGAACCCGCGGGUCAUCGACGACGCGCGGGCGCGGAAGCUCUCCAACGACCUGAAACGCUGCACGUACUAUGAGACCUGCGCCACAUACGGGCUCAACGUGGAGCGUGUCUUCCAGGACGUCGCCCAGAAGAUUGUUGCCACAAGGAAGAAGCAGCAGCUGUCCAUAGGCCCCUGCAAGUCCUUACCCAGCUCUCCCAGCCACUCCUCCGUCUGUUCUGCACAGGUGUCGGCCGUGCACAUAAGUCAGACAAGUAACGGAGGUGGGAGUUUAAGCGAUUAUUCCUCUUCCGUCCCAUCCACCCCAAGCACCAGCCAGAAGGAACUGCGGCUCGACGCCCCUCCCACUGCCAGCACUCCAACACCCGUCCGGAAGCAGUCUAAGCGCCGCUCCAACCUGUUCACCUCUCGGAAAGGGAGCGACCCAGACAAAGAGAAGAAAGGCCUGGAGAGCCGCGCGGACAGCAUCGGGAGCGGCCGAGCCAUCCCAAUUAAACAGGGCAUGUUGCUGAAGCGAAGUGGAAAAUCACUGAACAAAGAGUGGAAGAAGAAGUACGUCACCCUGUGCGACAAUGGCGUGCUGACCUAUCACCCCAGUUUACACGAUUACAUGCAAAAUGUUCACGGUAAAGAGAUUGAUCUCCUGAGAACCACUGUGAAAGUCCCAGGGAAGAGGCCGCCCCGAGCCACGUCGGCCUGCGCGCCCAUCUCCAGCCCCAAAACCAAUGGCCUGUCCAAGGACAUGAGCGGUUUGCACGUCUCACCAAAUUCAGGGAAUGUCACUAGUGCGUCUGGGUCUCAGAUGGCAAGCGGCAUCAGCCUGGUCUCCUUCAACAGCCGACCCGACGGCAUGCACCAGCGCUCCUACUCAGUCUCCAGUGCCGACCAGUGGAGUGAGGCUACGGUCAUUGCAAACGCCGCCAUCAGCAGUGACACGGGCCUGGGCGACUCCGUGUGCUCCAGCCCCAGCAUCUCCAGCAGCACCAGCCCCAAGCUCGACCCACCCCCCUCCCCCCACGCCAACAGAAAGAAGCACCGGAGGAAGAAAAGCACCAGCAACUUCAAAGCCGACGGGCUGUCCGGCACCGCUGAAGAACAAGAAGAAAACUUUGAGUUUAUCAUCGUCUCCCUCACUGGCCAGACGUGGCACUUUGAAGCCACCACGUAUGAAGAGCGAGAUGCGUGGGUCCAAGCCGUGGAGAGCCAGAUCCUCGCCAGCUUGCAGUCCUGCGAGAGCAGCAAGAAUAAGUCCCGACUGACCAGCCAGAGUGAGGCCAUGGCCCUGCAGUCUAUCCGGAAUAUCCGUGGGAACUCCCACUGUGUGGACUGUGAUGCCCAGAAUCCCAACUGGGCCAGCUUGAACUUGGGAGCCCUCAUGUGCAUCGAGUGCUCGGGGAUCCACCGGAACCUCGGCACUCACCUCUCCCGGGUGCGGUCCCUGGACCUGGACGACUGGCCCAUGGAGCUGAUCAAGGUGAUGUCAUCCGUCGGGAACGAGCUGGCCAACAGCGUGUGGGAGGAGAGCAGCCAGGGGCGGACGAAGCCCUCCCUAGACUCCACAAGGGAAGAGAAGGAGCGCUGGAUCCGGGCCAAGUACGAGCAGAAGCUCUUCCUGGCCCCGCUGCCCUGCACCGAGCUGUCCCUGGGCCAGCACCUGCUGCGGGCCACCGCCGACGAGGACCUGAGGUCGGUCAUCCUGCUGCUGGCCCACGGCUCCCGGGAGGAGGUGAACGAGACCUGCGGCGAGGGAGACGGCCGCACCGCCCUGCACCUGGCCUGCCGCAAGGGCAACGUGGUCCUGGCACAGCUGCUGAUCUGGUACGGGGUAGACGUCAUGGCCCGAGACGCCCACGGGAACACAGCCCUGGCCUACGCCCGGCAGGCCUCCAGCCAGGAGUGCAUCGACGUGCUGCUGCAGUACGGCUGCCCGGACGAGCGCUUCGUGCUCAUGGCCACCCCCAACCUGUCCCGAAAGAACAACAACCGGAACAACAGCGGCGGGAGGGUGCCCAGCAUCAUCUGAGCAAGCUCCGCCCGCCCUGGGGAGCCCCAGCACGUGAGUCCACGCGCCCCCUCCCUCUUCCUGGUGGUCACCUCCCACCCGCCCCUCACCCCACACAAAAUCUCAGAUCCUGGACCGGCCUCGAGGUGAAGAGGAGGAGGCCAGGAGCCUGCAGACCGAAUCCUUUCCCAGCUCCUGAGACAACGCAGGAGACGACACCACAGCGUCCGUCCUUGAUAGCACACUGCUGCGACCUGCACCCCGCAGGAAGGGACUCUGGGUGCUGGAGACCGAGCAGGGCAGGCAGUGGACUGGCGCGUGGGGGAGGGGAGACGAGGAGCAAGGAGAAGGGGUGAACAUCUCCUCUCUGGCAGUUAAGCACAUCCAUACAUUUCACCUCUACCAAACGGAGCACUUGGAUUUCAUCUCUUCUCCAGGAGCUUGACGGCAUAAAUCAGAAGCAAGCACAGAGUUUGUCAGGUCUGAAGCCCCUAUGAUGGUAUGUGUCAAAUCAGUUGUAGCUAAUCUGUCCGGGGAGAAUACUGGCUUCAUUACACUUGUAUAGUUGAGUUCUUCCAGCAUUACCGCUGUUUAAUAGAACAUGAUUAGUCAUCAGGAGGAGAAAGCGUAUUAGCCAACGAGGUAGUUACAUGGCACGCUCUGGUGAUUGCCCCAAUCUGAUUGCAAUAUUCUAAGAAGCAUCAUAUUAUCUCAGACAUGUUCUUUCAAGCCCUUGGAGCCCUCCUUUCUAAAUCCACUGUCAUAAUUUAGUAUCUGUUUAAUUUUUCAGUCCAAAGAGAGGAAAUCAGUUGCGGGUAUUAUUUGACUGCGGUCUCCUUGAUGCAAAAACAAAAUGGAAAAAAUAAAUAAGAAUAACCUGGAAAUCCAGAAAGGAAGUGUCAGAUCUCAGCCGAGAAGUAGCUCCUCUCGCGGGUUUCGUAAACUUACGUACAUGCAUAAAAGGCUUUUUUUUUUUACCCCCAAACAGAAGAGGAAUUUUUUUCUGUCCUCAGACCAAAGUGGCUGUGUGGGGUCGCAGUCACCCCCAGGCCGCAUGGCCCCGUUACCCAGGCUUCUGUCUUAGGUCCUUAGACAAGAUGUGUGAAAAUCUAUUUGAAUAAAAGAAGUUCAUAAAUAUGCAUUGAUUUUUGUACAGACAAAUGGCACCUCCGUUAAUUUAUAAAUUGAACUGAUGUGAACUAAUAAUGUGCAACUAGUUGAGAUAAGAGGGUUACAGAUCAUUGUACAUGGAAACUCUUCCCAGCGGUGAACACUUCCAUUAAUGUGAUGUACAGCCUUUUCAGAGGAACACAUCGGAGUGAGAUGGUACAGCUUGCUUAUUAAAACCGAGGAAGAAAGAAAGAAAACAACCAAGACAUGGAAACAGAUUAGCAGGGAGGGAACAAGCCCGUGAUUUCCUCCUCCUCCUCCUCAGGCGUGACUUAGAUUUGAGACCACUAACCACAGCCAGGACACCUCUGGCAACACAGGAUGAUUCUCUGAACCCUAGACCCAGGUAUCCUGCAAGGCACCCCCGUGGGCAGCGGCUGAUGGCGCUGGCACGGCCUGGCUCCUGAGACUCUGCAGACCCCGCACGGCUAGGCCACCACGCCUAGCCGUGUAACCUAGUUGAGUAACCGGGACCAGCCACGUCCAGCAUGGUGUUCAGACUAGGAAACAAAAUCGUGGUAUACCUUGUGUUAGGAAGGGACGGGGUCCAGUGGCAGAGGGCAGGAGGAGGCCCCAGAGCCGGUGCCACGGUGUGCAGGAAUGUGACACGAGUCCCACGGUCUCUUGGAGAAGCUCCUUGCUCUCAUAUGUUCAACCUUUAUAUUUUGUAAGAGUUUUUCCUCUUAUUUCACUUAAAAAUAAUAAUAAUAAAGAUGAUGGGGGGAAAUAAACUUUACACAGAAUUUAUAUGUGGGUAAAUGUUUCAUGGAGAUGAUUUUGAUCUUAAUUAAGCUCAGUGGAACUGACCAGUAUCCAAAAAUAUUCCCCGGUGUGGAAGCCAUGAUUCUAGAAACCUUGACCGCAGUUCCCAAAUCCCGCAACACCCCCCCACCCCCGCAAUCCAGCUUUUAAUUCUGCGUUGCAUCACUGUGUAGUUACUUUAAAUGUGAAUAGAGAAAAAAUAUGUCAUUGCCUAUUUUUGGAGACUACAUUAGCACCUAAUCCUCCUAUCCACAUUCACCUAUACAUAGCCUUUACCGUAGACUUUCUGUAGAAAACACAGCUAGAGGAUAAAUGACAUUCUUAAAUUAUUUCAUUGUAGCUCAUUCCCACUAUUGGGACUGCUUUAUCCUAGUGGAGUCUUCUUCCGAAAAGAAAUGGAGUUCCUUGUAAGGCUUCUCCUCGGGAUGUAUAUGAGUGUGUACAUAUUAUUAUAUGUGUUUAUAAUAUAAUAUUUUCCCAAAUGA